CCUUCUUUGUUCCUUGCGAAUGCGCAGUCGACAGUCAUGCUACCGGUAUGAUUGGGACUGGAAUGGAAAAUGUUGGUGAGUCACAGUCGACAGUCGGCCAUGGCCAUCCAAAAGAAGAUCUGAUGGACUGAUACGAUGGCAACACUAAAGGAAGACCACUGACCGUACCAGUAACGCAACCCAACUAACGCCAUCCAACUAACUCUACCUCAAGCUAGCUAAACAGAUAAUGGCAGCCUCCGCUCGAAGCCGCGUCUUUUCGGCGUACCGUCGGUUGUUCCGCGCCAGAGCCAAACUCUUUCAAGCCGACACGGAAGCCAUGCGAGAAUCCGCCGCUGCCAUUCGAAUACAGUUCCUGCAAAACAAGACGGCGCCUACCAGUGGACCGCAUUUUGAAGGAUUGUUGACCAUGGCCGAUGAAGCCGAAGACAUGCUCCUCACGGGAUUUGUACAGGGCAAAUUAAAUGACGAUGGACACUAUCAUGUCGCCAUCAAACCAGAACACACGGGAGAUGCCGACAAUAUGGCCACCGUGCCACAAUUGGAACCUGUCACGGACCAAACUGUGGAGAGAUUGCAGAAUAAUCCGUCCGGUGUGGAGGUGGAAAAAACCUGUAGUCACAGUCAAACAACAUCACCUUCACCCAAAUGAUUUUGAAAUAGACAGACAACAAUGAACAAAGUACUGUAGUGAGCUUGAAUGGGUAACUAUGGCUGAUUUAAUUAUUCAUUUGACUGCAGGAAGAUGGCAACGUGGGAUUGCCUCGUCAGACGCCAUAGAAAACAAUUUCACCUAAGGUAGCCAAGAGAUCUUCUAUAGCUAUACAGGUACCGGUAUCCAGCUGC